AUGUUUAGAACUGACAAAACACCAAAAAAAAAUGGAGGAACAUGUGCUGUAGCAAGCAACACCAAACACGGAUACAUCUGCAAGUGUCAGCCGGGUUACUCUGGCUCCUCCUGCGAAUAUGACGCCCAGUCCUGCGGCUCCCUGCGCUGUCGUAACGGCGCUACCUGUGUCUCGGGACACCUGAGUCCCCGCUGUCUCUGCCUGCCAGGCUUCAGCGGACACGAGUGCCAAACACGCAUGGACUCGCCCUGCCUCAACAACCCCUGCUACAAUGGCGGCACCUGCCAACCCAUCAACGACGCCCCGUUCUUCCGCUGCUCCUGUCCAGCCAACUUCAACGGACUGCUCUGCCACAUCCUUGACUACUCUUUCAAAGGAGGGCAGGGCCGAGACAUCGCCCCGCCGCCGGUGGAGAUCCGAUGUGAAAUCGCUCAGUGUGAAGGCAGGGGCGGAAACGCCAUCUGUGACACCCAGUGUAACAAUCACGAGUGCGGAUGGGACGGUGGUGACUGCUCUCUGAAUUUCGACGACCCGUGGCAGAACUGUAGCACCGCCCUGCAGUGCUGGAGGUACUUCAACGACGGUAAAUGUGACGAGCAGUGCGCCAACGCUGGCUGCCUGUAUGAUGGAUUCGACUGCCAAAGACUGGAGGGGCAGUGCAAUCCGCUGUACGAUCAGUACUGUAGGGAUCACUAUGCAGAUGGUCACUGCGAUCAGGGCUGUAAUAACGCUGAGUGCGAAUGGGACGGUCUGGACUGCGCUGAUGACGUUCCUCAGAAACUGGCUGUGGGAAGUCUGGUUCUAGUGGUCCACAUCCCACCAGACGAGCUUCGCAACCGCUCCUCGUCUUUCCUCCGCGAGCUGAGCGGACUGCUGCAUACCAACGUGGUGUUCCGCCGUGACCCUAACGGAGAGCCGCUCAUUUUCCCGUACUACGGCAACGAGCACGAGCUGAGCAAGCACAAGCACUCUGAUUGGACAGACCCGGCCCAGCUGCUGCAACGCGCCAGGAGGAGCCUGACGGCCCUCAUGAAGCCCCGCCUACGACGAGAACUCGAUCAGAUGGAGAUCAAAGGGUCUAUCGUCUAUCUAGAGAUUGACAACCGUCAGUGUUACCAGCAGUCUGACGAGUGUUUCCAGAGUGCCACGGAUGUGGCGGCUUUCCUCGGAGCGCUGGCCUCUAGCGGGAAUCUCAAUGUUCCUUACAUCAUCGAGGCCGUCACAAGUGAGGACCCCCCCACAAAGACAGGAGAGAUGUACCCCAUGUUCCUGGUGCUGCUGGCUCUGGCGGUUCUGGCGCUGGCGGCUGUGGGCGUCGUGGUCUCCAGGAAGAGGAAGAGGGAACACGGGCAGCUUUGGUUCCCCGAGGGGUUUAAAGUCACAGAACCCAAAAAGAAACGAAGGGAACCAGUUGGAGAGGAUUCUGUUGGACUCAAGCCUCUGAAAAACUCGGACAGCUCUCUGAUGGAUGAACAACUGAGCGAAUGGGCAGAAGACGACACGGCUAAACGGUUCCGGUAUGAGGAGCAGUCUAUUCUGGACAUGAGCGGACAGCUGGAUCACCGGCAGUGGACACAGCAGCACCUGGACGCCGCCGACCUGCGUCUGAACUCUAUGGCUCCGACUCCACCACAGGGCGAGAUCGAGAACGACUGCAUGGACGUCAAUGUCCGCGGGCCUGACGGUUUCACUCCACUGAUGAUUGCGUCGUGCAGCGGCGGAGGUCUGGAGAACGAAAACGGCGAGGGAGAAGACGAUCCCUCUGCCGAAGUCAUCACCGACUUCAUCUACCACGGCGCCAACCUGCACAAUCAGACGGACCGGACCGGCGAGACAGCGCUGCACCUGGCUGCCCGCUACGCCCGCUCAGAUGCCGCCAAACGCCUGCUGGAGUCGUGCGCCGACGCUAAUGUUCAGGACAACAUGGGCCGCACGCCUCUCCACGCCGCUGUUGCUGCUGACGCACAGGGAGUCUUCCAGAUUCUUAUUCGGAACCGAGCAACGGAUCUAGACGCCCGUAUGCAUGAUGGAACGACUCCGCUGAUCCUGGCCACCCGAUUGGCUGUCGAGGGAAUGGUUGAAGAGCUCAUUAACUGCCAUGCAGAUCCCAAUGCUAUUGAUGAUUCUGGUAAAUCUGCUCUUCACUGGGCGGCUGCAGUUAAUAAUGUGGACGCUGCUGUCGUUCUUCUGAAGAAUGGAGCAAAUAAAGACCUACAGAAUAACAAGGAGGAGACACCACUUUUCCUGGCUGCUCGUGAGGGCAGUUACGAAACCGCUAAAGUCCUGCUUGAUCACCUGGCCAACCGUGAGAUCACCGAUCACCUAGACCAGCAUCCACGCGACAUCGCGCAGGAACGCAUGCACCAUGACAUCGUCCGUCUGUUAGAGGAAUACAACCUGGUCCAGAGUGCCGCGCUGCCUCUAUCGCCCCCUCUCUGCUCGCCCAACACCUACCUGGGCAUCAAACCCAGCCCGGGCGGCGCCAACAACAACAACACGGCCAAGAAAGCGCGGAAACCGAGCAGUAAAGGCGUAGGAGGGAAGGACAGCGGAAAAGACAUGAGAAUGAAAAAGAAAAAGGCUGGAGAUGGCAAAAAUGGAGGCAUUAUGGAAGUGGGCGUCCUCUCGCCUGUCGAUUCGCUGGAGUCGCCCCACGGUUACCUGUCGGAUGUCUCGUCCCCACCUACGAUGACAUCACCGUUUCAACAGUCCCCGCCCAUCACUUUGAAUCAGCUCCAAGGAUUGGCCGACACCCACAUGGGCGGAGCUCUUCAGAGCUUAGGGAAGCCAUUUGACUCUGCUCCUCCUCCUCGCUUAUCGCAUCUGCCAGUGGCUAACAAUGGAGGUGGAGCUCAAACGGCGGCGUGCGAUUGGCUGCAAAGGGUGCAGCAGCAGAAACAGCAGGCAGGCUUCACAACCCUGAUGCCCACAAUGCUCUCUUCCACCAGUAUGUCACAGGUCAUGGGCUAUCCCACAUUGCAAAGCAGCCACCUCGGCAUGCCGUCGCACAUGAUUCCCAACCACGCCCAUCAGAAUAUGGUGCCUAUGCAGCACCAAAACAGUGCCGCAUCUGGCCACGCCCUCUCUCAUCAUUUCCUAGGCGACUUAACUGGGCUGGAUCUUCAGUCCGGCUCAGGACACGCCCCCAUCCAGACCAUCCUUUCGCAGGAUAGCCAGCGCAUGGCUCCGCCCAUUUCUAGCACACAGUUUCUGACCCCGCCUUCUCAACAUAGCUAUUCCAACCCUAUGGACAACACUCCCAGUCACCAGCUGCAGGUUCCCGACCACCCGUUCCUCACACCCUCCCCUGGAUCUCCCGACCAAUGGUCAAGCUCGUCUCCACAUUCCAACUUGUCUGAUUGGUCAGAGGGCAUCUCGAGCCCACCCACCAGUAUGCAGAUGAACCAUAUCCCAGAGGCCUUCAAGUAGGCAGGGCUUUGGCAUCUAGAAGCUAAACUGAAUAGACAAUUUUAUAUUAAUGAUAAAAACUCUUUUUAUGAUUUUUCUAUGCCAAGAAUAAUUUUUAUUCAUUUUUGUAUUUAUUUAUAUGCAUUUUGGACUACAGAUAUAAGAUUUUUUUU